AGGAGGUCAGAGAGAGAGACAGACAGGAUGUAGAGAUGAAUAGAGAGGCUCAGAGACCUGUACCGUUCACGUAUGUCGUGUACUGGUGCAGCAGCCUGUUGAUGUGGAUGUGACUGUCGUUCGUCGCGGCUUCGUUAGCCUUCGUUUAUGUUAUAUUUGGAUAAGGACUGUCUCCUGACCGCAGCGUCAUGUCCUCACCCCCCCUGUGUGGAUCACAGACAGACGCAGGUUGGUGUCUGCUCCAGCGGCGGAGGCUCGCAGCAGCAGCAGCAGCAGCAUCAUGUCUCCGCCACAGCCUGCCCGCCGCCUCCUGCUGACGGCCAAAACACAGAGGAGAGACAUUGCUGUGGCUUCCUGAUCCAUCUGUUCAGCCGUCAUGCAGUGCUCGUGGAAAUCCAUGGUGCUGCUAGCGUUAGCCUCCAUAGCCAUCCAGUACACGGCCAUCCGCACUUUCUCCACCAAGCCCUUAAGCCUGCUGUGCUCUGUGGGCCUGGCGCCCACAAGCCAGGCUGUCAACUGUAGCCUCAAAGAUCUGACGCGACUGGGACAGGAGACACUCGAGGGCUCGGACAGAGGCUGUGAUGAGGUCCUUUCCCACACCCCGUCCCCCCCCUCCUUUUCCCUCCCAUCCUAUAAUGCCAACAAGAGAACCCACAUCCUCAUUCUGGCUACCACACGGAGUGGAUCGUCCUUUGUGGGUCAGCUGUUCAACCAGCAUCCAGAGGUGUUCUACCUAUUUGAGCCUCUAUACCAUGUCCAGUUGGCACUGCUUCCUCGGCUGGCGCAGAGUCGGAACCUGGCUGAGAGGAGGGUAAUGCUGGGAGCAGCCAGGGACCUGCUGAGGUCUCUGUAUCACUGUCACCUCAGUAGUCUGGAGAGUUACAUACGACCCCGUCCAGCCAACCACUCCACUGACAAGCUGUUCCGGCGAGGAGCUAGCCGGUCUCUGUGCACCCCUCCUGUAUGUGAGACUCCUCUAGGCCGGGAGGAGCAGAGCCUGGUGCUGGCUGACGAGGGAGAGUGUGUGAGGAGAUGUGGGCCACUUAAUGUAUCUCUGGCUAUUGACGCCUGCAGAGCAAAGCGCCACGCAGCCAUCAAGACGGUCCGAAUUCCCCAAAUCAGCGACCUUAGAGCGCUGAUUGAGGACCCAAGACUCAACCUGAAGGUGAUCCAGCUUGUUCGAGAUCCACGGGGCAUCCUGGCAUCUCGUAUUGAGACAUUCCGAGACACUUAUCGGCUGUGGCGCCUCUGGAGAGCGACAGGACGUCGACCCCACAACCUGGACCUGGGACAGAUUAAUACAGUGUGUGAGGACUUUCUUAGGUCUGUGUCCACAGGCCUAGCCAGACCAGCCUGGCUUAGAGGGAGGUACAUGCUGCUCAGGUAUGAAGACUUGGCCAGGUUUCCUCUCCAGAAGGCCAGAGAACUCUACAGUUUCCUCGGUCUGGUUCUGGACCACAGUGUAGAGGACUGGAUCAUCAACAACACCCGGGGCAGCAGUGAUCUGACAUCCCGGCAAAAGUUCACAACAGUUCGGGACUCUGCUGCUAAUGCAGAGAACUGGAGGGUUAAGCUAUCCUUUGACAUGGUGGUUUACACUCAGACUGCUUGUCAACCACUUCUGGAGCUCCUUGGAUACAAGACAGUCUUCCACCCAAGAGAACUGAGGAACCUCUCACACUCUUUGGUGGAGGACAGGACGUUCCUCCCAUUUUUAUAAACAAUUGAAGACAUACAUACAUCCAGUGUGGGUUUAAGUCAGUACUGUAGUUUAUGAAGCAGAGAUUAUGUAGUCAAAGCUGUUUAGCUGAUCUGGAUAUCCUCACUAUGUCUGUGGUGGAGGAGGAGCUGUGUCUUUUCCAGUGGUACCGGUGUCACCUGGGGAGUCCAGGCAACCUUGUAUUUAUUUCUUCAUUUAUUUACCCCCUGAGCAAUCAACUACCUCAGUUCCAGCCCUCUCCCCCUUAAGUACCACCACUUUAUGGCAAAUCAAACUCUGCAGUUAAUCAUGUUUAAACUACUGUAUGUAGAUUUCCCAUGAGCCAAAACAUUAUCACUACUCACAGAUGAAGCAAAUAACGAUUAUCUUGUAACAACAGUAGAUGUCAAGGUCAGGGAUAUCAUAGAGGAUAAGCGAACAGUUGGUUCUUGUAGUCAAUGUGUUGAUGUGGCAGAAAUGGGAAGGAGAACUGAGUGAAUUAGACAAGGUAGCUCAUUGUGGCCUCAUGACUGGGUCAGAGUGUGUCCAACAUGCCAAGGCUUACAGGAUGCUCUUGGUGUUGGUAAAUUCCCAAUGACGGGGACAAACCACAAACUUGUGUAUCAUCACAACAAAGACUAUCCCAUCUGGUCCAAACUGACAGAAGGGCUACAGUGGCCCUUAUUCAAGUUUAUGGGAGAGAUGUGUCGCAACACACAGUUCAUCUCACUCCGCUGCAGACCGGUCAGAUUGUCGAUGCUGGUCAUGAUGUUUUGGAUCAUUAGUGUACAUUCUAGUUUGAUCAGUUAUUAUAGCACCAUGUUUCACCAUGUGAAGUUUUGGACAUGUAUGACAGCGUGUUGGCGCCUCCAUGACAGAACAAUAUUUUCUCAGUUUGUCAUUAUAGCAAGAAAAAUGAUCAUAACAAGAUAAUUUUCAUGUUAUGGCAUUUUCUCAUAAUUACUUCAUGACAAAUGAUUGUUUGAAGCAGUCUCAUUGUGACAACAUAUCACUUUAUCAUGUUAUAUCAGGAAACUUUUUCAUUUCUACACAAAAUCUAUUUCAUUAAAACAAGUUUUUUUGUAUUUUUAAUAUGAUUAUUUGUUACAUAGAGAAAAUGAUGUGCCACUGUGGACUUGAACUGGUGCACCUAUCACUUGGUCCACCAUCACCACAGACCAACAUGCUGUUUCUCCAUUUGAUUAUUGAAUAUGUCAAUGUUGAAAUGGCACUGAAUUUAUGUUAGAUGUCAUGAUUUGUUGUGCAGGUAUACAAUAUUAUUCUUUAGUAGUUUUUCAGUGUCUAAUUAAACAUGUCUUGGGUUUCCCUGACCACAGAUUAGCCUCUUCCACAGAAUAUAACCCUUUGUGGAGAAUACCCAGACUGGGCUAGACCAGGAUAUUAUUCAUAUUAUACAUUUCCUUCUGGAUUUUUUUUUUUUCGCUCAAACACUAGGAAACACUAGAUUUGCACUCAACUGCUCAUGUUUUUCAAUAACAGCAUGUCUUACUGGAUAACUACAGAGUGAAGGUGGUUAUUAAUAUGUUUUUGUCCAUAUUAAAAACUCUGUGAAACUAAACGUGGGUAAUUUAAAUGUCAGGGGUUCCUAAUGUCCAUAUUAUCAGCAUAUUUCAUGUCUUUGUUGACAUUCUUACCUAGCCUUUAAAUCAAAACAUAUUUAUACUUUGCCUAGUCUCACCCAAAGCAGGAAAUAAAACUUAAUCAAAUCAAACCAUUUAAACCAGUCACUGUCAGUUUUUCUAGCUGAUGUAAUAUUUUCUCUUUAGGCAUUGGCUGGGUCCUUUACUUGUUAUAAUAAAAUAAUAAUAAAAUGGUAUAACGAGAGAAGUUUCUUGUUAAAACAAGAUAUGCACAUUUUUUGUAGAAACAAAGUUCUGUGACGUAACAAGAUAAAGUGAUGUGUUGUUUCAAUGAGAGAUGCUUCUUGUGAAAUCUGCACAAUGUGUUAUGUAGGUCAGAAAAACAUCAAAUAAACAAUGUCAACAGAGCUAAAACGAUUAUAAUUGUAAUAAUAUAAUUUUAGCAGGGGACAUCUGAAUUAUAGACUCCACUCCUGUGCUCAGUCUGUGUGAUAGAUGGUGGAUUCACAGGAUGUUUAGGAGACAGAGGCAGAGCUGUGACUCUGCCUUUGGCUCAGAAUAACUCUGAUCAGAGUCAGUGAUAGACCUGCUAUACUGACAGCAGUCAGCUGAGCCCUGCUGAUCAACACCAAACUUUGAACUAACUUCCUCUCAGUGCAGACCAUGUUAGGUAAACAUGCAUCCAGCUAGUGAUUGUCAAACUAACUUCAGCCUGUUGUUUGAGCAGCAGAACUGUCUGCUCUCCUCUGACUGUGCGGUGACUUUUCUUCAGACAUCCCUCCUGAGUGUGACUGUGUGCUUUUCCCAUCUUGUAAAAAAUGAUUUGUAACAGUCAUUAAAUUAAAAAAAAAAAAAGAGAAAGAGAAUGUUUUCCUUUUAG